AUGAUCAUUGGGAUGAGCUCCUUGACAAAAAAGGAGAAAUAUGAAGACCUACUUACGAAUACAGUAGAUAAAUCACAGGCUUCUGUGGAAGAAUGUCCCUAUACCAACAACAGCGACUACAACCAAUUAGUCGACAAAGAAUUUUCCACAACUGUUCAUUUUAAAGCUAAUUUAUUAAACAAGAAUAAACGGAAAGAAAGUCAUUCAUCUAACGGCUACUUAUUACCUUCAACUAGUGAUAAUGAAGGUUACACAAAAAGUAGUGACGAUAAUUCGAAAAUAAAACAAUAUUAUAUACUAAAGAAACAUUCCAAAUAUUCUACUAAUGUUAACUCGCAUUUACUCACCCUUCAGCAGUUAACAACUUUAAGUUGUUUAAAUGCUGAAAACGUUCAAUUAGUUAUGCCACGCAUAACUGAAUUACUCCGAACAGACGUGUUACGAUCGAACAUUGAGUUAUUUGGAAGAUUCAAGACCAUACAUUCACGUAUGCAAGAGGUGAUUUCUUCUAACAACUCAAAUUCUAUGCUACUUCUAAGUGUCAAUGAUCGUCAAACUAUUUAUGAUGGUCUACUAGCCAUCAGUUUAGUUGACAAAGAAACACCUCAAACACCAGUACUACAUAUGUGGUCGGACUCGAGAUUGACUAAAACAUUGAACACACUUCAGUAUGCACGCGAUAAUUUAUUUUCAUCAGUUCAUAAACACCACACCGUUAUUGACGAUAACAAUUAUAAUAGUAGUGAUAUUAUAAUUAACCCUCAAGAAUUCGAUCAAAUCAAAACGACAUUAUUGGAGAUAACUAAAAUAAUUAAAACAAAUGAAAAAACAUCAUUUUUCCAGGAUAAGCAAUAUCUGUCUGAUAGCAUUGAAGAAGUUAUUAAUUCCUUAGAAAAGAUAGAUCCCAAUAUUUCGUAUAAACGAAAUUCUCAAGUUAAUUCAGAAAUUGUUCAACAUUUGGAGAACAUGAUUAGCUUAAAUCAUGGAUUAAUUAUUAAUCAUGGCAUAGAAGCUAUAAAACAAAAUGUUGAAAGAGAAUUUCCAAACAAUCGAUGCGCGUUAAAAAGGCAAACUGCUAUUGAUAUUGCAACUGCUUUACAGCUUCUUGAAAAUGAAUAUGAUAAUUCUGUUACAGCUUCCAUGACUAGUGAUAAUAAAAUUCAAAAUAUACCCAACAUUGACCACUUAAAGUACAUUCAUAAAUCCAUUAAAAAACAACUAUCAACAAGUGAAACAGAUUGUUUUGUAGAUAAAAAUAUUAUCUGUCAAUCCAGUGAUAUACGUUUAGUUGAAGAGGCUUUAACAAAUCAUUUCAAUAAAAUUAAUCAUUGCUUAAAAAUAUCCUUACAGAAAGAACCAAUCAACCUUGUAAACACAGGUCCUAAAAUUCCUCAAACAACUCAUGGAAACACAGUAACAAGAUACCAAAAUGUUCUCACUCCAAUCAGUGAAUAUUGUACUUCACAAACGAGUCCAUAUGAAAUAAAUUCAAUUUCUAAUGAAUCCAUUGUUAAACAUAACUUGGUUUCUAAAAAGCAACAACUAAACAAUAUUUUAAAUCAGAUGAAUCAAACUAUAAUUGUUCGCUCAGAUGAAGAAAAUAAAGCAAUAUUAGACAAUUUUGAUAACGUCUCAGUACCCUUUGGAAGUGAGCUUCCAGAUUUAUCUACUUACAUUGAUGAUACUCAAAGUAAACAUGACGAAAAUAGUACAUUUUCUGAUCCAAAUUCAUCUUGCAUCACUAUAUCAGAGCAAUCCGAGUUGGAAAGGGAUUUAUUUGUUGAUUCUUCUGUGAUAGCACCUAUUAUCAGUUAUUUAAAAUCAAAAUUACUUGAAAAUAGAGUGAAUAAUUUAAAUAUGAUUAAUGAUUAUUAUUCUGAUCAUACAAUAAACGAUAUCCAACAAGUAAGUAACUAUUUAGUUAAAUGUCUGAAUACAAAUUCUGAAAAACCCGUCAGGCUUAAUAGUACACACAUAAAUCUUCUAAAUAAAUUAUUCAUUGCAGAUCAGUCAGCUUACAGUUGUAUUUUGAAAAAGCAAUUAGACUUAUGCAUAAACUUGAAAGAGACAGCUAACUCAGAGUUUGCUUCAGAAAACUUGCCAGUAGUAAAUGAAGAGCUAUAUUUCCUUAUUAGCAAUUUAAAAGACAAUGAAGACAUCAUUACGAAUACAUCAUUUGUUGAAAGCUUGUGUACAGCUGUGACCAAGUAUCGUUUGCCCAUUUUACCAGAAACAUAUCCAUGUUUAUCAGAUAUUAUCAAUAAUCUAAAUCACAUAAAGCCGACUUUUAACAGUUCUUUAUUAUACAAAGAGAAAUUAAGCGAUGAAUUAAAACAAUUACUGGAAGCCCUACAAAUUGAAUUGCAGUCAGAAAAUAUGAUAAAUAAUGGUAGUUUAGCUAAACAUCUGUUUCAUUUUCCAAUAACCAUAAAUCCUGCAUCAACAUUACGGAAGGAUGAAAUUUUUCCAUCGAGACCAACAAUAUUUAUGCAAACUGUGAUAUCAUUAUAUAUUUUAGAUUUGUUUUGUUCCUUGCCUGAUGAAAUGAAUAAAUUGAUUUAUCUGUUGAGUAUACGUAGGAAUUUUCUGUCAUUAGUUGAUUUUUGUGAAUCACCAUCUAUACACUGUUCACCAGUCUGUACAAAAUUGAAAUCACUAUUUAAGUUAUGUAUUUUACCGAAUGAAAGUGAACUGAAUGACCUAACUGUUGCCAAUGAUACCAAUGGUGUUAAUGUAACUCAAAUAAUCAACAACAUGUUACCAUCAAUUCAAGUUACUGUGCAGGCAACUAAAAUUAGCAACUCCUAUCAAAAUCAUAUUGAAAAUCUUCUACUUCAAAUAAGAAACAAGGUUACCAGUGAAAGGCAUUACUUUGUAAAUGGGGAAAUGGAUGAUAUAACGUGUGGGAUUCUUAUAACUUUGACUACCAUAUUCACAAAAGGUUUUGGAAUCAAUAAUCCAUAUGAAAUUGCUACAACACUAGGAAAAUUUACCAAGUUUUAUCAUUCUCUUAUCAAUUCCAAAUGUGUAAAAAUGUCAGAAGAUGUCUCCACAUCAAUAUUAUCUUUAAUUUCAGCUAAUUACAUUUCAUUAAGGUUUCCACCAAAUUUUACGCCAGUACUAGAUGCAUGGUUAGUCAAUCAAAAAUUACAGAUUGACGGAGUAAAAUCACUCGUUCCUUAUACGUCAUCUAGCAACCAAUUAAAUCAUCAUUUAGAAACCUGUAAUAUAACAUCAUCUGAAGCUACAGCUGAAAAACCUUUAGAAUACAAACAUAGCAAAGAAGAACUAUUAUUUGAAACUUUCGUCGACCAUAACUUGUAUUUACAUGUCUUAACGUUAGAGGAAAUUCUAAGUCAAUCAACAACAGAUCUACCCUGUACAUUGAAAGUGAAACCACAAAACUGUAAAUUCUUUUUAAGUUGUUUGUCUGGCAUUAUUGCUUCUCCUAUGUUAAUACCUACUGAUAUGGUGAAACUUACACUACAAAUCAUACAAGAAAUUCAUUCUAACAAAAUUUAUAAUGGUUAUGAGAUGAAUGAAGAAACUUCAAAGAAACUUAUUAAUUAUUGUGAACGUUUAGCAAAUACAUUAAAAGAGAAAUGUAUCAAAUCUGAAAGCUGGAAAAUCGUAAAUUCAAGUACAUGCCAAACAGAUGAGAACGAUGAAGUUCUUGAUUCCAUACAAUAUACUAUAAAUUCGAAUAUACUUUUUAAUGUAGUUGAAAAUAAAAUGAAACCAACAACGUGGCUUGCUAUGACAUAUAAAAAAGAAAGUUUACAUGCAGUUGCGGAUAACUGUAUACCUUCAGAGGUUUCCCUUCUUAACGAGAAAGUUUAUUUAGGAAUUCUUCAUAACUCUGCAACUAUUAAUAACUUCAGCGAUCAAAUAGUUUUAUUUACACAUAUAAAUAGAUUGAAAGCAAUUCUUGAAAGCACAGAUCACAGUGAAAUUUGUUCAUUGAAUGCGGAAAAUAUAGAAAGUUUAUUCUGUAUGCUCGAAUUUAUUAAAACUCAAUCAGAUAUCAUAAAGAUACUAAAAAAAGAUCAGGACUUCCUAAGUUUAAUUAAAUUAAAUGUUAUUCAAAACUGUGUAAAUUCUACUCCAUUUUUUAUCAAUUCAAAAAUUAAAAUUAAACUACAAAAUAUUCUUCGAAAAGUAUGUUAUGCUCAGUUCAAUAUUAUUGAAAACACGAUAUCAGAUCAUCUCAGGGGCUUAUGUUUGCCGAAUGAUGUACAGUUUAGUGUUCAAUCUCUAAAUAAUUUAAUUCUUGGUCAAGUGGCUAUUAUGGCACAUUCAAAACAACUAAAUAUAUCGACUGAUCAUAUUGAUUUGCUGCAAAGCCAUAAUAAGAAUAUUCUAUAUUUAAAACUGAAGGAAUAUCAAGAAUUUUAUAAUCGAAUUAGAACAAGUAAAGAUAUCGGUAAUUCGACAUUAGCAUACGAAAUUUUGUUUAAGACUAUUGAACUUGAACAUUUAUCACGAUCAUACUCAUUGGAAAUCCAGUGUAUUCCAGAAUCUUUAAAAUGUUCAUUAAUUAGUUUGUUAAUUUUAGGUGAACAAUUUUUCCCGCUUGCUCUUAAAGUGGAGGAACAGAUUCAUUUAGAUUGUAUAGUAGGCCAGCUUGACGAUAUAAGAAAUGAAUUAAUAAAUACAGGCAAAGUAGUCAGGCCUAUUACAGUGAUCAAAGUUGCUGAACAUCCGGCUAUGUUAGGAAAAGUAGAACCGUUUGAGGGUACAUUAUUAGUUUCCAGAGUGAGCAGCCAACAGCCAUUUUUGAAUACUACUGCUUCAUUAGUUUCCAAAGCUAACAUAUUAGAAACUAUUGAAAAACCAUGCAAUCAUCAAUUUCAUGAAAGACCAUUAAGUACUGAGCUGAAUGCUAAUGAAAAUGAGAAAGAAUGGAAGAUUCCAACUGUUAAGAAGAUGACUGAUAAAUAUGACAGUUCAUUUGCAUCUCAAACUUCGGAUAACAUUGAAAAUUCGAAAUCCAAACCUUCUGAAAACAUAAAAACAGCCAUUUUGGUUCAUGAGAUUUGCUCAAAUGAACAAUUGAUGAAUCAAGUGACCUCCAAUGAAAUCCAAAAACUCAAUGAUAUUGACGUCAAAUUAACAGAGAAUAAUCUUCCAGCAAAAACGAUCAAUACAUCUGAAAUAUUCACUCAAAAUAACACAAUUAAGAAGGAAAUAUUACAAAAUUCCAAAUUUUAUACUUCAGAAACAGAUAGUGAAACACAAGAUACUUUAGAUGUCGUUAGCAAAAACUCUGAUUACUUGAUUUCUGUUAUCUCAAGUCAACAGAGUGAAGACACAGAUGAACAGGCGACGAUUUACGAGCUUUAUUCAAAAUCGAUAGUAAAAGAACAAGAUAUUGACAUUAAAACAGCUUCAAUACUUAUUUCUACAAUACGAUCGUAUUUGAAACUGAGACCGUUAACUACAAUUCAAAUAACCUCAUUAUUUUCGCUACUGGAAAAUAUUAAUUCACAAUUAGAAAUAUUGGAAAGUGUAAAAGAUGUUUUAUCAUUUCCAACAAUUAAACUGUCUUCCGGUGAUCUAAAACCAUUAGCCACAAUUUCUACUAGUAUUAAAUCUCAAAUCUCACAAGAAACUAUGACAUCAUGUACAGAUUUGUUAAAUUAUAAAAUUAUCUACGAUAUUAUUUCCUACCGUACUUCAAUUUGGAAAACAGAAUCUGCGAUUGCCUAUAGUGCCUUACGAGGUCUGCUACCCUCAACCACCGCUUUCUCUAUAUCUUCCUCCCAUGAUUUACAUUCGUCUUUUAUAAAUUCAGUUUAUGACUCAAACUAUGGUGAAAAAGAGCUACUUAUAUUAGAACAACGUCUAUUGCACUAUUAUUAUUCAUUAGAGGAACAACAAUCAUUUAUUCUGACUGAUGCUGAAAUCAAGUCAUGUAAACUUCUUCUCCGACAAUAUGAAUCUAAAAUAAAAUCAAGAAUUCUACAAGAAAUUAAAAAGGCAUUACACUUAGUUAAUCAAUCAAAUGAAUACAAUUCUGAACAAGAAGAAUCAUUUUUUAAGAAUGUCUUCUACUUAAUUUUGAUAUGUUUACCGAAUUUAGCCAUAGACAAUGCGGAGUUCCUACAAAUGCUGAUUAACUUAUUAGUAAUACAUCGUCUUAUUUAUACCUCAAAAAAUUAUGCACACUGUUUGAAAAUAAUUUUUAAUUCUUAUGAUGUUUUGCACUUUUUUGAGAAACAAAGUUGCUUGAGACAUUUCUUUGAGGUACAGUCUUCCAGUCUUUCAUCAUCAUCAUCUAAACAUUAUACGAUUCUUUUCGCGAAAAUCUUGGAGCGUUUUGUGAACUCUAGAAUAUUAAAUCAAAGCUUAUCUUCCAUAGAUAUUUUGCUAUUAGUAAGUCUGCUACAAAGAAUCCAAUCAAACAUAAUAAACGAUGUAGAAUUAUCAUUCCACUUAAAACACUUAAUCACUAGAUUGCUGUAUGUUUUUAUUACAAGUCAAAAUAUUUUCAUGGAUAAACUCAGCAGCCGUUUACUAAAUGAAUUAUGUGAACGACUAAAAUCAGAGUCAAUAGAUAUGCAAGUACGUAUAUCUACUGAAGCUUCUAAAUCCUUAGACAUAAUUAAAAAAGAUAUUAAGUUUAGUCAGUCAGAACACUAUCAGUCAGUUUUUAGAUCUCUUGAAACAGUUUUAUUUAAUCCAAUAGAAGUACUAACUGAACCACUAAGAGCUAAGCAAAUAGCUUAUAUAAUCAAAAAUUUAAAUCAAUUCGGAUAUUGGUUAUUGGAACAACCAUAUAUUGCUCAAUCUAUUGAACAAAGCCUAAGUACUCUUUGUGACACCAAUUUACAUAUAAAUACAUCAUCUACUAAUGUAGCGAUUAUUUUUCAAUGUAUACAAGUAAUGAUGAACCACUUCAACAAAAAUGUCAUUGAACCGUCAGUAUCUCAAGUGAUGAAUAAAGAAGAUGCUGCAGCUCUUAGCACAUCACUUUCAUGGUUUUUGAGUGGAAAUUUAGAUUUCUUGAGUGAUAUUGUCGAUAAUUCUUUAGAAGAAAGUGUCUUUAUAAACUCACCUGAAUCUUGGACUAAUUUAAUGCUGCUACAAUUGUGGUACACUUCCAUAGCUUGCACUCAUCCACUCUGUCAUACUUCACAACAGGCUCAUUCAAUAUUUACUUCAGAAUUAAUAAAAUUAACAAGGCUUGAAGUUAAUCGCUUAAUUGGAUUUUGGAAACCUCGUUUAGAUUUAUACUCACAAAAACAAAGAACAAUUAGCAUUCAGAAGCUUUCAGCCAGCACAGAGUGUGACUUAACCGCUGAAAUGACUAAUCAAGAGUUAAGCAACGCGAUUCAGUUAUCAUUGUUAAGUGGACAAUUCAAUGGACCACGAAGCGCUUGGAUAUGUGUAAAUGUUUUAGAUGAGUUACAUAAUGAGUGUGAACACGAGUUAAUUAGUAUUUCGAAUUCAGAAAAGGAAUCAUUACGUUACGCUUUAUGUCCAAACACCGUAGUCAAUUCUUGUGAAUCAAUUCUAAAUACCGAUAUCGUUGCAUCAUUAGUUUACCUGAACUCUUUUUUAUCUAAAAUAUCUUCAUUAACAUAUUCAGAACAUCCUGAAUUAAUUCUUAUUCAACCAAAUGAAGCAGCUCCCUUUGCCUCCAGUAUACAAAAUAUCUUAAAAUUUACGCAUUCGGAUAUACACACACCACAUUCUUUUCAUCCUCUCAUGGAAACUGAAUACCACCUGUGGAUUUCAUCUGCAAAUCUGAGAACUUCAUGGAUUUCCAAUUUCGAAUCUCGUUUAAUAGAUGACUUAAAACAGAAGGCGUUACAAAUAAUAUUUCAAAAUAUUCGAAUUGAAUUAAUUAAUUUACUGAAUGAGUUUGAAGAAGAAAAUUUUAUAAAACCAAACUUAACACAAAUACCAAUCCAACCAAGUAACCGAAAAAGUCUUUCUCAAUUGCUAAGGGUUUCUUUAUUAUUAAACCGGUAUCCUUAUUCUAAUAAACUGUUUUUUCCACGAAGACAUUUUGAUCCAAAUCUACCUCAAGAUUCUAUACCAAUCAUACAAACAUCAUUAGUAUAUAGCAAUACUUGUGAGGAAUUGAUAAACUUCUUGAAUAUAUUGCCAAGACAUUGUCGUCAAAAUUUAAAUACCUAUUUGUACCAAUUGUUUUGCACAAAUCUUCGCAAAUACACAGAUCGUCUAUUGAAAAUUAUAAUGAACGGCGAAGAAUACGCAGAGCCUGAUAUUAACACUAAUAAACUAAUUCCAUUAUGGCUUCAUUUCUUAAAAUAUCUAAUACCGAAAGAUGUUGAAAAUCAAAAUAAACUCAGUGAAAUAUUAUCCGCUACAACAAUGUCCGUAGAUGUAAGACCCCUGUCUAGUAUUUGUGUACAAAAUGAAAGAUUGAAGCAACUGCUUGUUGUUGACCUAAAUGAUUUGAGCUCAUCUGAAUUAAUACAGUUGAUCAUCGAUUCAGAUCAAUUUAAUCAUAAUUUGAUUUAUUCAAAGGUGUUCCAUGAAGAUUUGGAAUUUAUACCAUAUUUAAAAUAUUAUCUAUGUAACAGUUUAAUUGGUAAAUUAUGCAGCUAUUCACAUUUAUUCAUCGAACAGUCCUUCCCUCAGACAAUUUUAAACAUAUCUUAUGAAGAAAUUGCUAUGAAGUUAAAGGAUAAUAUAAAUAAAAUCUCCAGUAAUUUAUCAUUAGACAAUGAUAAUACAAAAGUAUGUUCACUUAAAAUUAAUCCAAUGGAAUCAACCAAUGAAAUAGGUGAAAGGAAAUCUGAUAUAAUUUCUGAUAAUUUGACUAACUUUUCUAGUUGUGAAGAUUUACUAUAUCCAAUGGAAGAUGUAAGACCCGAAAUAAAUCGUCUUAAUCAUUUAUUAGCUAUAAACAGUUUACAACCAAAUGAAAUGUCUGCAAUUCUAUCAUCCAUAGUUAUUUUACGUGACGCAUCAAUGCAUUUACCAUCAAAUUUAAGUAAAUAUACACGCUUUUCAUUGAAAGAAGAAGAUGCUUUAAACAAGUUACAAAUGUUGAUCGACCAAAAGACAAUUGUUAAACUUGAUAAACAAUUAAGACACACUUUAUUAUUACUGAGCCAACGUUUGGGUCUUCUAGCAUUACAGGCGAAUAAAGAUUUAUUGCGUACAGGUUUAGAAAUAUGGUUAAGCGCCUCAUUGGAUAGUGAACUGAUAUUUACUAAGCAACAGGUUCAACAAAUCUACUAUGCUUUAUACUUAGCAGAGCAAAUAAACAAUCAAGAAUAUAAAUCACAAACGGAUUUGUACGAUACAUUUGAUUUAGUUGAACAAGUUAUUUUACAGUUAAAGCCACUUGUUAAUUCUAAAUUUGGUGCUGAAAUCAAAGGUCCUCAUAGUUUAUGUCCAAUCGUAACUCUAUUCAUAGAGAAUGCACAACAGUUAUUAGAGCAAGUAACAUAUUCCUGCAAAGUUUCCACCAAUGGAAUUUCAAAUCAUUCAUUUGAUAAGCAGAAGACUACAGCUGAAAACUUAUGGAAACUAAUUAGUUGUCAAUCACCGGAAGUUAUAGAAAAUGAGCUGAGUAGUUCCAUUCAUACUCAGUUAAUAAAUAGUUCAGAAGAUAUAACGGACGCUGAAAAAUCAUCUAAACAAAUCAGUAAUAAACCUUAUAAAACACUAAAAAGAUGUCCUGAAAUUGAUGAAUGCAAUAUACUUCAAACCAGACAAUCUUAUGAUCGUAGUCUGAGUUAUGGAGAAAAUGACCAUUUUCAGUUGAACAGCCAACUUUCUUGCGACAGUUCACUGUCAUUACUUGCUUUAUAUAAUGAAGAAAAAAGACGUUUUUUGAGUUGGGAAGAAAUGACUGAGACGCGUCUGCGCAAAGCAUGUGAAAGAGUAGAAAAUUUAUUGGGAGCAAUCCCUGAACAUGUUUAUCUACAGAACAAUUCUGGUCAUACAGUCACACAACUUAGAGAAGAGGUAGUACUGUUGAAAAGUCAAUUACACACUAUGAUAAAACAAAAGUUUUUGAAAAAAGAUAAUCUUAUUUAUUCAAGUGAUGAAAGUUCAGUGUUAUAUAAAAAGGACCAGCGGAACUACUUAUUCGAUGGUUCACUAUAUACUCAAGAAAAUCAAUCUAGUUACCAAGGAAAACUCAAUUUUGACUAUAUUCAAUUGUCAGAACGUGAUACUCGCAGACCAAAAACAUCAGUAAAUGGUAGACUGUCAUCUAGUACAUGUUCACUGAAGACUUUUCCAUCUUUAAGCCAACGCAUAAAUCAAAAUUAUUUGGUUUCAUGUAAACCCGUAACGCCGAAUCAUGUUUUCUCUUCACCAUCAAAUGUUGAUAAAAGGAUUUUACAGAAUUCAUUUGACCGAUUAAAUGAACUAAUUGAAAUUCGUCGAGCUAUUGUCUCUGGAUCCAGAGAAGAACUACGUAGAUUAGGAAUACAUUCUAGUUCAUCAAUACCUUAUUACAAGCCCUUUACACUAAUUCGUCCACGUGACAACAAAUCAUUUGGUUUGCUUGGCAGUGACAGUCACGAAGAAUGGUUAUCAAGUAAUCAGCGAAAUACUGACAGGAAACGAAAUUAUACUACCCAUCUUUGUAGAUCCAAGGAUGAGUAUUCGAGAAGUAACCAAGCCAUAGAGGACUUGGAAAAUAAAUUAGGACAACUUGAAAAACAAAUACUACCUCACAGAUUUAAUGGUUCGGUUGUACAGUAG